CCAACUUGGAUUGCCGAAGAGUGACGUAUCAUUUCGAUAAACGAUUUCUCUCCGGUUUUUUCCGUGUCAAUUAACAGAAGCUGACUUAAAACCGAAAUUUAUAUAUUCGCCAUGGAUGAAGAAUACGAUGCUAUUGUUUUGGGAACCGGAUUGAAGGAAUGUAUUCUUAGCGGUAUGUUAUCCGUGUCUGGUAAAAAAGUACUUCAUGUUGAUCGCAACAAAUACUAUGGAGGAGAAUCCGCCUCAAUUUGCCCGUUGGAGGAACUCUUCGCCAAAUUUGGGGCUCCGGCACCGGAUGAAAGUUACGGAAGGGGCAGAGAUUGGAAUGUAGAUCUUAUUCCCAAAUUUUUGAUGGCUAAUGGAUUGCUAGUCAAAUUAUUAAUCCACACUGGUGUUACCAGAUACUUGGAAUUUAAGUCUGUAGAAGGAAGCUACGUUUACAAGGGAGGGAAAAUAUCCAAGGUACCUGUGGAUCAAAAAGAAGCUCUGGCAUCUGAUUUAAUGGGAAUGUUUGAGAAACGUCGUUUCCGCAAUUUUUUGAUUUAUGUGCAAGAUUUUGUUGAAGAUGAGCCCAAAACAUGGAAGGAUUUUGAUCCAAGAACCAAGAUGCAAGGAUUAUAUGAUAAAUUUGGGUUGGAUAAAAAUACCCAAGAUUUCACAGGUCACGCUUUAGCUUUAUACAGGGAUGACGACUAUUUAAAUAAGCCAGCUAUUGAAACUAUUAAAAGGAUCAAGCUGUAUUCUGAUUCCUUGGCAAAAUAUGGAAAAUCCCCAUAUUUAUACCCAAUGUAUGGACUGGGUGAAUUGCCUCAAGGAUUUGCUCGGCUCUCCGCUAUCUAUGGGGGCACUUAUAUGCUUGAUAAACCAAUAGAUGAAAUUGUUCUGGGUGAAGGAGGGAAAGUAGUGGGAGUACGUUCUGGUAAUGAAAUUGCCAAAUGCAAGCAGGUUUAUUGUGAUCCCACUUACGUACCAGAUCGGGUCCGUAAAGCUGGUAAAGUUAUCCGCUGCAUCUGUUUGAUAGAUCAUCCAAUAGCUAAUACAAAAGAUGCUUUAUCUACUCAGAUCAUCAUUCCGCAGAAACAAGUUGAUCGUCAUUCUGACAUAUAUGUAUCUCUAGUGAGUUACACCCAUCAAGUGGCCGCCAAAGGUUGGUUCAUAGCAAUGGUAUCGACAACUGUCGAAACUGACAAUCCGGAAGCUGAAAUUAGGCCUGGUCUGGAUCUUUUGGGCACUAUACGUCAAAAGUUUGUGUCUGUAUCAGACUACUACAUACCGACAGAUGACGGACUCCAAUCCCAAAUUUUUAUUUCCGAAUCGUAUGAUGCAACAACGCAUUUCGAAACAACAUGUCUGGAUGUUCUUGACAUAUUCAAACGCGGCACAGGGGAAGAGUUUGAUUUUUCUAAAAUUAAACAUGAGCUAGGAGAUGAAGAACAAUAAGCUUGUUGCAUACUGCUAGGUUACGAAUCAAUGUGCAGUUUUUGUUAAGUUUUGUAAGAGGCGGUUUGUUUGUACUCCCAUAUUAGGACUAUGCUUGGAUUUCUAAGUUUAUGAAAACUCUCAGCAUCUCAUUUUACAAAACUUGUGUGAUACAGAUCAUUAAUUGCACAUAACUCUUUCCCUUAAGACAAAAUCAAACAAUACUAUACUAUAUACUCAAAUAAAGAUUGCCACCAAUUUUUAACCUA